AUGGAGAAACAAGAGUUGCGUGCAGUGAUCAAAUAUCUCCAUAAGAAGGGUAUGACACCAAAAGAAAUCCAUGAAGACAUGGUCAGUACACUUGGAAAGGAAUGUCUUGCCUAUUCUACUGUGAGAAAAUGGGUUGCUGAAUUCAAACAAGGCAGAACAAGCACAGAAGAUGAUCCUCGAUCAGGCUGUCCGAAAACCUCAAGUUCUGAUGAACAGGUGGAUGCAAUUCACUGCAUGGUUCUAAGUGACAGACGCAUGACAGUCCAACAAAUAGCCAAGGCUACAGACAUCAGUGUUGGGUCAGUACACCAUGUCCUCACGGAUAUAUUGGGGAUGAACAAGUUGUCUGCAAGAUGGGUCCCAAGAAUGCUGACACCAGAACAAAUGCUGAAGAGAGUGGACAUUUCCAGGACACUUUUGACCCGUUUCCAUGCUGAUCCUGAGAAUUUUCAAAGGAGAAUUGUGACUCAGGAUGAAACAUGGGUUCAUCACUUCGAACCUGAAUCCAAACUCCAAAGUAAGGAAUGGAAACACCAUGGAUCCCCACCUCCCAAGAAGUUCAAGCGAGUCGCGUCUGUUGGGAAGGUGAUGGCGUCAGUUUUUUGGGAUUGUGAAGGAGUCCUCAUGGUAGACUACCUGCAAAAGGGCCAGACCAUUAAUGGGGAGUUCUAUGCCUCAGAGUUGCGCAAACUCAAGAAGGAAAUAAAGGCAAAGCGUAGAGGAAAGUUGCGUGCUGGCGUGCUGCUGCUUCAGGACAAUGCUCCUGUCCACACAGCACAAGUGGCUGUAGCAGAAGCUCACAACUGUGGCUUUGAAUUACUGCCCCAUCCACCUUAUUCUCCAGAUCUUGCACCGUCUGACUUCUACCUCCAAAACUCAAAAGAGGCUCUCCAUUGGUUCUCAGUAGCCUUGGUGUUGGAGGUGGCUCAGCCAAUUGGCGCACAUCUAGGCCACAAACAUCUGAAGUAG